GCAUUAUGUUUAUAUUCCUGUAUUUGUAGCACGUGAAAUGGCUGCUGGAUUUCAUACAUUAAAGGUAUCUUUUGACGAAAGUUCAACAAAUGGUCAUACAUUGUUUAUAAAGCGUCAAAACGUUAAAAAUGAUCCUAAAAACGAUUAUACUUUAUUCGUUGUAAAUCUACCACCUUACUGCGGGAAAAUUGGUUUGGAAAAUAUAUUUUCAGAGUGUGGCGAAAUAAAAUCAAUUUUAAUUAAAGAUCAACCAGGACCAGAUGAAGCUGAAAAGACAGAUAUUAUAAAAUGGCUCAACAAAGAGAAAUAUAUCUUCAAAGUUGCAUAUAUUUUGUUUAAAGAAACUGAGUCUGUGGAAACUGCACUGGAAAUGAGUAGUGCUGUUGUUAGAUAUAUGUCUACUGAAUCAAGACCUAUUUUAUCAGGAAUUAAAAAGUGGAUUCACGAAUAUAAAAAUCGUUAUCCAAAUGAAAGCACUAUGCAGUUAAUCAUUGAUACAUAUAUGAAAGACUUUGAUCAAAAUAAUAUCAAAAAAAAAGAUAAUAAUGAACCUAAUGAUGAAGGUUGGACGACUAUACCUGUGAAAAAAUCUGCCUCCACUGAAAAGCCAAAAAUAACUAGAAAAAUGAAAAAGAAAGAGAAAAAGGAAAGAAUAGAAAAGGAGCUCAUGAACUUUUAUGUGUUUCAACAAAGAGAAAUCAAGCGUGACCAGAUAGCUGAGUUGCGUAGAAAAUUUGAAGAAGAUAAAAAGCGGAUAGCAAUGUUGAGACAACAGAGAAAGUUCAAGCCGUUUUAAAUAUUCAAUCCAAGACUAGUCUUAAAUUAACAUAACCUUGUGUUUCGGGUUUUAUUCGUUUAA